AAAAUCGAUUUAUCUUAAAUCAAUUUCAUUGAAAGUCUUAUUAACUAUUAUCUGUCAGUAAUCUAAGUGUAUAACACAUUAGGCAGGAAUUCAGCUCUCCUCCACUAUGUGAAUCAUCUCUAUACUGAGAACAACGGGCUCAUUAUUUGGGAGGAGAUUGAAACUGCGGAUUGUGAUUGGAUGCUGCCAGCAGGUAGAAACAGACAGGUACUCAGGCAUCCGAGAAUUUCUUAGGGCGUUCAUUUCUUUUCUCUUGUUAAUGCUAAAGGUUUAUGUAAACUACUGUUGUGAAAAUAAGAACAUGUAUCGUUCUCAGAACAAGGCAUUGUUUAUCCGUAUCUCGGCGCGAUUGAUGUCUUUAGGGAUUCGGCUUUGACAAACAUUUUUGCUUUAAAAACAAAACGCGCAUCACACGGACGGAGCUCAUUGCAUUUUUUUCUCACAUCUGACUAACAAUUAUCAUUUCCUGUUGGAUACAGGACCUCUGACAUUACAAAAGACUCACAGUAGAAUGACUGAUUCACUUAAAUCGAUUCACUUACUGAUUCUCUUGGUUGGGACAGGUGUGUCAACAUGUGAUGCACAAGCAUGUGGUAAGCGACCACUGGGAAAACGCAUUGUAGGAGGAGUUGAAGCAUCGGAAGGGGCAUGGCCAUGGCAAGUGGACAUCCAAAAGAAUGGCCAUGUUUGCGGUGGAUCCAUAAUUGCAAGAAAUUGGGUCCUUUCUGCAGCACACUGCUUUCCUAAUCCUUCGGAAGUGUCUUCGUAUAAUCUGUACAUGGGACGUUAUCAGCUCAAUGGCAAUAACCAGUUUGAGAUUGUCAGCCAGGUGCAGCGAGUGGUUGUUCCAGAGGGAUACUCUUACCCGCAGGAGGGCAGAGACUUAGCUUUAGUACAGCUGCGCUCUCCGGUCACUUGGUCAGACAGGAUCCAGCCUGUGUGUCUGCCUCAUGCUGGCCUCCAGUUUGAAAGUGGAACUUUAUGCUAUGUCACAGGCUGGGGCCACACUCAAGAGGGGGUCUCUCUCACUGGAGCUGGGACACUGCGGGAAGUGCAAGUGCCCCUUAUUGGCCAGAAUUCCUGCCAAUCCAUGUACCAGAUUCCACCAUCUGAUUCAGAAAAGGUGAACAUCCUUUCAGACAUGAUCUGUGCUGGAUAUGUGGAGGGAGGCAAAGAUUCCUGUCAGGGGGACUCUGGUGGCCCUCUAGUUUGUCCUGUUGGCAAUGGGACAUGGGUUCAGGUAGGAGUGGUAAGUUUUGGACUUGGGUGUGCUCAAAGAAACCGACCAGGUGUCUACUCCAAAGUCUCAAGUUUUGCAAGCCUCAUCCGCUCCACAGUUCCAGAAGCUCAGUUGUUGGGUCAUGCUUCGAAGAGUGAAAGUCAAACGCUUUUGAUUCUAGGCCUCUUUUUUGCAUUAGUGCUUUUUUGGAUAAAGUAAGUUAGUUAAGUUUAUGUACCAUGUACCAGGAAAACUUAACAAAAAGUGUGGUUAUGGUAUUGUGUAAAAAGCAGCAAACCAGGUUUGCUGAAGUCACAUUGACUUGCCAUGAUGCUGUGUUUUGAAUGCUGUCAUGAUGUAAAAUGUAAUGAAUGAAUGCAAGACCAAACAAGUGCAAAUUUUUAUUAAGAAUUUAAUAUGUUGGCUGAUGAAGUGAAUAAAAGAAUAAGAUUCUUAAGACCUCCAAAUAUUGUAAGAAAGCCAAUAUCCUAUUUCAUGUCUUUACAUUUCUUGUUUAAAAAUUUUUAAAUGAAAAAAGAAAUAUGGAUUUCACUGCAUAUUGUUGCACGUUACAUAUUACCAUAUGUCAUUUAACAUCAGUGUUGUAAUCUCAUUUAUCUUAUAAGUGGUAUGCUCCCUUUUGCACCCUUCCUCUCUUAUUUGUUUUUAAUGCGUAUGACAUUGGUUUGUUUGGCUUUAAAUUUUUAUUUGAAAUGUAAUCUAUUGUUAUAUGCAUACUUGUCAAUGUCUCUCCCUUUUUUUAAACAAUGUAAAGCAUGUUUAAUGUUUUUUUUUACAUAAAAUGUGUUACAUGCAGUUGUUCAUAUGAUUUUUGUACCUAAU